CACUAAGUGCUGCGCGAACAUUAUUGCUGUAGUUAUUGUUGUAAGCCAGAGACCAACCCCCUGCGGUAAUCAGCAGGAUUUGAGAUGGCGCCGUCACGACCGCCACCAAUACGCAGAGGGUUGUACUGCUGAGAUGGCUCAUGAGCGCACACCCGCUACAAUAUAUAUUCGAAGAGUUGUUGUGAUGGUCGAAUGAAUAUAAAACUAAUGAGUACCCUUCGAUGGCUGUUUAGUUGGUAAAGAAGCGCGCUACGGGAAACAACGCAAUAGAAAAACAAAAGAUCACACAAAAACCUAACAACAAAAUAUCGAUAUACGCGUGCUAAAAAUGCCUACUAUGGAAAGUGAAACGUAACGUACCGUUACUGGGUCGUUAAGUGAAAAAGUAUUGCGUGGCGCGCCGUCUUAGCGACAAGUGUCCAAACAAAGACUGUUGCAACAAAAAAAAAAGUGUAAAACAGCAGAAUGUCUUCGUGUUAUAGCGGCUUCGAUGAUCGCUCUUUUGAAUUUGAAGACUCUUCAUACGACAGUGGUUACGAGAAAAGCUUCGAAACAGACUGCAAUGUAACGCCGCGUAAACUUUUCUUCGAUAAUGGCGCCGAUUGCUAUGCCGCCACCGCCGAUUCCCCACUAGCGGCCAGCUGUUACAAUACCAAUGGCGUUGGAGCUCCAGUAGCCUCAUUUUCAGCGCUACUCGAUACGAGCAGUAAUCACAGCACACGCAGUGCGCGCACACUAGUCGAACAUGUGAUCAGCAAAGCGCCACCGCUGACGGAGUCCGAAUUCGCGCCCAAACUAACAUCAACGCCGACAAAGAAUCCCGAUGGGGUCGCGGCCGAUGGCAAUGGUGAUCAACCAACUGAACCGCGUCCCAAGCGCAAAUAUGCCGUCGGCAAAAAUCGUGUAACGCGUUCGCGCAGCCCCACACAAGUGGUGCGCAUCAGAAAGUUUCGACGCAUGAAAGCCAACGAUCGUGAACGCAAUCGCAUGCAUAUGCUGAACGAUGCGUUGGAGCGGCUGCGCGUCACGCUGCCCUCAUUGCCAGAGGAGACAAAGCUGACGAAGAUCGAGAUACUACGCUUCGCGCACAACUACAUAUUCGCGCUCGAGCAGGUGCUGGAGAGUGGUGGCACAAUUAAUUUGGACCUGGAAAAGUUGCAGAAUUUCACGCUCAGCGGCGAACGCAUUACCAAGGAAUUAUUCGAUGCGAUUUUCGUCAAUCCUCAACCGUACACAAGCAUCUUUAGCAUGGGCUGCAGCAGCAGCUUUGCCGGACGCGUGCCAUAUCCGCAACAGGCGACGACGAUGAUGCCCACCGCCGGACACGCCUUCCUCGAGCAGCAACAGCUGCUGCAACGCGGCCGUCCGCCGCAAGGUUAUGCCUACGGCAGUGAUGUGCGCCCCUAUAAUGUGCAGCAUGAAACGCAUAAUCCGGCAAUGCAUCCACAUUUUUCGCAGGAGAAAUAUGAAUUGUAUAGGAGCACUUUCGAAGCAGCAGCCAAUAUGCGGCCCACAUCUGCCGCCAUCUGUGCGGAGGAGGCGAAACAAGCGCACAUCGUAGCGGCGGAUUGCCAAACGCAGAUGGCUUACAACCAGCGACCAACGAAUACCACGAAUUGCUAUCUGGCGGAGAAUCAGUUGACGACGGUCAGUGCAGUAACACCACCCAUGGUGCCUCAGCGCACCGCAAGAGUGCACGCGCAGGCGUCUAUGUUGCAUCAGGAUAGCAGUUUCUACACACAAACACCGCCUUGGAUGGAUUAUACCGAGGUGAUGGCGACGAACAGCGGCAACCACAGCGGUUUCGAGCAGUAUACGAGCGUAUAGCAGUGGCUGCUAGGAGCGCGUGUAGUGUGCAUUAAAACCGGGACUAUUCGGGUAGCUUAAGUGAGUGAGUUGAAAGUCAUAGGUUUUUAGUUAGAUAUCAAGCAAGCUAUAGGUGCACUGAUGGUGAUAUUUCGAUUGAUUUUGGGUUGUAUGGAUGAUUUUAGGAUUGAGUACCUAGCCACAGCGCUGCGGUG